UUCGAGAUGAAAUGAGAAAGAAAUCUAUCGAAAUUUUAGGAAUAAUGUAGUGAUGACCUAACAUUAUUCUUACUACUGAAAUUUCAUUGCUCUUUUCUUUCUAUUCUUUUCGCUUUCUUCAAUCAAAUUUCAAUUUCAUUUUCAAUUUCAAUCUUUUGAAUCGAAAUGGGUUGUACGGUGAGAGAGAAACACAUCAGAGCUAAUCGGCGACCACGAUCAACGGCGACGGCGAAACCUGAUUCCGAUUCAUCGGAAAUCAAAGAUGCGAUUUCGAAAUCCAUAGAGGAAUCGGGUCUCAAACCCUUCAAAUACGAUCUUUCUCGUGUUGAUUCUUUGAAUUCUCACUGUCUGAUUCCUAUUCCCAAUCCAAACCCUAAUUCUGAUGAACCUGGUUGGGGCUACUGCACUGAGGAGCAAUUGGAGGAGAUUUUGUUGAAGAAUUUGGAGUUUGUUUACAAUGAAGCUGUUUCGAAGAUUGUUGCUUUGGGUUAUGAUGAAGAUACGGCUUUGAAAGCGGUUUUGAGGAAUGGGCAUUGUUAUGGUGGGAUGGAUGUUUUGACGAAUAUUUUGCAUAAUUCGUUGGCGUUUUUGAAUAGUAAUAGCGGUGCUUAUGUUGGUGUUGGUGUUAAUGGUGCUGUUUGUGCUGGUUUUGCUCGUGAGGGUGAGAAUAUGGAUGAGCUUGAACCGGUUUUCGCUGAUUUGAAGCAUUUGGAGGAGUAUUCUUUGGCUGGGAUGGUGUGUUUGUUGCAACAGGUUAGGCCGAAUUUGAGUAAAGGUGAUGCAAUGUGGUGUUUGCUAAUGAGUGAUCUUCAUGUUGGGAAAGCUAGUACUAUAGAGAUUCCUGUGCCGGGGAGUGCGGGUGCGAGGGGAGCUGCUGCUGUUGAAUCUGGUGGUGGUGGUGGUGGUGGUAAGGCUCGUACUAAACCGGUUGCUCAUAGGUCUUUUCCACCCUGUAAGUUUCAUGAGGGGUGGGGAUUUGGAAAUGGGGAUUACCCCACGAAUGCGAAUGGGAUAUUGUCUUGUGCUCCGGUUUUGCAGAGGGAGAUUGAAUUCCCGAAGAGGUUUGAUCUUUCUCCGCCAAUGAAGUGCUUGUUGAAGAGAAAUGUUGCCAUGUUUGCUGCUGGUUUUAGAGCAAACACCAAGCAAUUGCAGGCGAAGGGGAAGGCCAAUGUUCCUGGUCGUAGUGCUGUGUCAAAUUUGGAUUCUCCGGUUGUAUCUGGGGCUGAAACCACGGUUGAUCCGUGUGGACACUCUCGGGUUGUUGAUAACCAAGAGGCUGUGAACUCGGUGCUGAGUAAAUUUCGUGACUUGAAUCUUGAUGAAAAUUUGGAGUUUGUGGCUGAGGAUCAGAAGGAUGAAGUGAUAGUGAGUAUAUUUCAUCAGAUAAAGGAUUUGGAAAAACAGGCCAAGGAGCGGAAAGAAUGGGCUUAUCAGAAAGCAUUGCAGGCCGCGAAGAAGCUAAGCAGUGAUUUGACCGAGCUCAAAACAUUACGGAUGGAUAGAGAGGAGACCCAGAAAUUGAAGAAAGGGAAACAGGCACUUGAGGAUACAACCAUGAAGAGACUCUCGGAGAUGGAGAAUGCUUUGAGAAAAGCUAGUGGUCAAGUGGACCGUGCAAAUGGAGCUGUGAGAAGAUUAGAGACUGAGAAUGCUGAAAUCAGAGCAGAGAUGGAGGCCUCCAAAUUAAGUGCAUCAGAGUCAGUGACAGCUUGCUUGGAAGUUGCAAAAAAGGAGAAAAAAUACUUGAAGAAACUUCUAGCUUGGGAAAAACAGAAAGCUAAGCUGCAAAAGGAGAUUUCUGAUUUGAAAGAGAAGAUAUUAGAGGAUCGAGAAGUGUCAGCUCAGAAUAAGCAGCGCCAAAAAGAAGCUGAGGCUAAAUGGAAGGAGGAGUUGAAGGCUCAAGAAGAUGCCUUGGCACUAGUUGAUGAGGAGCGCCGUUCCAAGGAAGCAGCUGAAUCAGAUAAUAAGAGGGGAUUUGAGGCUUUGCGUCUCAAGAUAGAAUUAGAUUUCCAGCGCCACAAGGAUGAUCUAAGCAGACUUGAGAAUGAUCUUUCGCGCCUUAAAGCAUCUGUUCGAUCUGCUGCAUUGCAUCACCAAAAUACUUCACCUAUCAAAGACUUUGAGGGUACAAAGCCUCAAAGAGAGACAAUUGCUAAGCUGCUUCUGGAUUUGGAUGAUUUAUCAGAAAGUGAAGCUAAUAACAACAGAGAAUGCAUUAUAUGUAUGAAGGAUGAAGUCUCCGUUGUUUUCUUGCCGUGUGCUCACCAAGUCAUGUGUGCUAAAUGCAGUGAUGAGUAUGGGAAGAAUGGUAAGGCUGCUUGUCCUUGCUGCCGAGUUCAAAUCCAACAGAGAAUCCGUGUAUUUGGGGCAUGCUCGUAGCUUAAUUUAUAGAUAUAUUUCAGUGACUUGGGUAAGAUAUACCCCGUGAAUUUUACAUAAAUUUGCACUUACUUAUUGGGACAAUUUGUCUCCCUGUUCUCCAGAUUGCAUAGGAGUUUUGUUGAUAGGCAAGAAUUGUUCCUAUUUAUUAUUUACAUUUACAUACAGCAUAAAAUAAAAUAAAAACAAAGUUCUUGCAUUAGCUUA